AUGCCUCCAAGCGCUGUAGAGCCCGUAAUCGCUACAGAGUCUGCCAAAGAAACUAUGCAGCAAACUAAAACUACUACACAACCCGCACCACACAACCCCGCGCAUGAAGAGCACCAAUACCUCUCUCUAAUCCGCAACAUACUCGAAAAUGGCGAGCACCGCCCCGACCGCACUGGUACUGGCACAUACGCCCUCCCCUUUCCCCCACAGAUGAAAUUCGCCCUCUCCCAACCAUCAUCAGACCCCACCCGCCAAGACCCCGACCUCAUUCUCCCCCUCCUCACAACCAAACGUGUAUUCCUCCGAGCCGUAAUCGGCGAGCUCCUCUGGUUCGUCGCCGGAAGCACACACAGCAAAGCUCUCUCCGACGCGGGGAUCAAGAUCUGGGACGGGAAUGGUAGCCGCGAGUACCUCGACAGCGUGGGCUUGUCACACUACGAAGAGGGUGAAUUGGGACCUGUAUAUGGAUUCCAAUGGCGGCAUUUUGGCGCAGAGUACAAGGGCCAUUCGCACGAUUACACAGGCGAGGGCGUGGAUCAAUUAGCGGAAAUCAUCGACAAAUUGAAGAACAAGCCGUAUGAUCGCCGCAUCAUACUCAGUGCGUGGAACCCCGCAGAUAUCAAGAAGAUGGCACUACCACCAUGUCAUAUGUUUGCACAAUUCUACGUUUCGUUUCCAGGACACAAGCAAGGCGAGGAGAGACCGAGGGGCGUACUGCAUUCACUGCUGUACCAAAGGUCUUGCGAUAUGGGUCUAGGUGUUCCGUUUAACAUCGCUUCUUAUGCCUUGCUAACACAUAUGCUGGCGCACGUUUGCGACUUGACGCCGGGCACCUUUACACAUACCAUGGGCGAUGCACAUGUGUAUCUAGAUCACGUGGAGGCGCUCAAGGUGCAGGUAGAGAGGGAACCGAGGGACUUCCCCACGCUUAAAAUCAAUAGAGAGAUAGGGGGUAGUAUUGAUGGAUGGAAAGCGGAGGAAUUUGAAGUCAUUGGGUACAAGCCCCAUGCGAGUAUUGCUAUGAAGAUGAGUGUGUAGGAAUGGUAUGAUAUGUGUAUAUGAAUUGGGCUAUCAAGAUGGACAUGUCAAGAAUAGAUGAAGCGGUUUGCAUACUCGGCGAUGAGCUAUGACACGAGAGCCCUUGCGACUACCGCAUUGUGCUUGCAACAGUCACAUAGCCGUGCUCAUGGACGUGUCAAUCUUGGCCGUGUCGAGUAUACCAAUUGCACCAUCUGUGUGCUUUGUAGAUGAAACGAACACACCGAACGGCGACCGAUUUCUAUUUCAAUCAACUAGCAACCUUUACCAAUCAAGUAGAAACAAAAG